UGUAGACAGUCACUCUUAAAAUAAAGAUAACUUAGUGUUAGUUAAAGUGUAAGGCAUGCAUAUAGCAUGGAUCCUGAAAACGAUGUAUACGCAUUCUAUGAUAUAAGAGGCUGGAAAGGGAAAUGUAGACCGGCGGGACCAAGACAAACGCAAAAAUAUCUGCAACCGCGAAUGUCGCUCCUAGGAAAGCCGCUGAACUACAAUCGCAGCACGCAUCGCCGCGAUGCGCGCUACCGGCGGAUGCAAAGUCGUCUCUACAAUUUUCUGGAGCGACCACGCGGCCUGCAUGCAAUAUUCUAUCAUGUGAUGGUUUUUUUGAUGGUGUUUACAUGCUUGGCGCUGAGCGUGUUUUCGACCAUCAAGGAAUAUGAGGAGGACGCUGUAUAUAUAUUAUUUCGCAUGGAGAUCAUAGUUGUAAUCUGGUUUACCAUGGAGUUUGGCGGCAGACUGUGGUCAUCGGGCUGCCGCUCACGCUAUCAGGGCACACUGGGGCGUUUAAAGUUUAUAAAGCAACCGUUUUGUAUUAUAGAUAUUAUUACCAUAUUAGCCUCAAUUGUAGUAUUAGGCAUGGGCACCUCGGGCCAAGUGUUUGCAACGAGCGCGCUGCGUGGCCUGCGCUUCUUUCAGAUACUGCGCAUGGUGCGCAUGGAUCGACGCGGCGGCACCUGGAAGCUGCUCGGCUCGGUUGUGUACGCACAUAGGCAGGAGCUCAUCACAACCAUGUACAUUGGAUUCUUAGGUCUCAUAUUUGCAUCAUUCCUAGUUUAUAUGUGGGAGAAGGACGUCAACGAUAAGUUUAGCAAUUUCGCUCAAGCGCUGUGGUGGGGCGUGAUUACGCUUUGCACGGUGGGCUAUGGCGACAUGGUGCCCAUCACCUGGCAGGGCAAGCUGAUUGCCUCGUGCUGCGCUUUAUUGGGCAUAUCCUUCUUUGCCUUGCCUGCGGGCAUACUGGGCAGUGGCUUUGCAUUGAAGGUGCAGCAGCAGCAGCGACAGAAGCACAUGAUACGGCGACGCCAGCCGGCGGCGACGCUCAUCCAAGCUGUCUGGCGUUGCUAUGCGGCCGACGAGCAUUCGGUGUCCAUUGCCACAUGGAAGAUACACCAGGUGGCGCUGCCAAGUCCGCCCGCUUCACGCGCCUCCUCCAGCUUCAAGCACAAUACAUCGUUUGUAGCACGACUGCCGACCAUAAGGCGCCACAAGAGUCAAACCAUACAGACGCCCGCACCCGACGGCGGCUCACUGUCCAAGCCACCGGGCUCAUCUCGCGCCUCCACGCGCUACACACGCACCAUACGCGAUAUCAAUGCGUCUGUGGAGAACUUGGAGGUAGUACAAAAUGGCAAAUCCAUGAAUCCGAGUUUUAGCGAAGAUUCAGUUGCUGAAACAACUUGCUUAAAAAAUAUUAAAAAUUCAGACGCAGUGAAGCCAACAUUGGCCAAUUGUGUGCAUAGUCGUAGCGUCGGCUCGUUGGCCACGCCCGCUGAGAAUCAGAGCAAUGCAGCAGCAGCAGCAGCAGCUGCUAACAGCAACAACAACAAUAAACAGUUAAGCUCCAAUACGCUUACCAUACCCGUGGUGCUCUGCGGCUUUUUGCAAGGCGACUUCUUUGGCUCAACAUUCUCGUUGCGCCAGCCGCGUGUGGCGCCCACGCCGGAUCCAGUAGCUGGCCAGGCGCCUAAGCCUGCGCCAGCUGUCAGCGCUGAUCCCAGUCCGACUCCGAGUCGUGGACGCACGGGACGCUUUUUUGCAGCUGCCUCGCAUUUUUUGGAAACGGGCUCGCUGCGCAACGUUGAGACUACGCAUGGCUCCAUCUUUGUGGCAAAUGAGGAUGAGGAGCCGCGUUGCACACAGUUGACAAAUCGUCAUAAGAUUGCCAUACGCUUUAUACGCAAGCUCAAAUAUUUUGUGGCACGCCGCAAAUUUAAGGAGGCACUGAAGCCUUACGAUGUCAAGGAUGUCAUGGAGCAAUAUGCGGCGGGUCACGUGGAUUUGCUGGGUCGCGUCAAAACGCUGCAUUUGCGCCUUGAUCAGAUACUCGGCAAACAAGGCUCCAAGGCCAAGGAUGUUUAUGCUUCAAAAAUAAGCUUAGCCUCGCGCGUGGUUAAAGUUGAACGUCAGGUUGUAGACAUUGAGGAGAAAUUAGACAUACUAAUCAAAGCCUACAUGGAGGAUCGUGAUAGAUUCUUAGCGCUUCCGCUGCCAGCAAAUCCCAAACCCAAAAUACAUUCCAUUAGCCCUAGUCACAGUAUGCAUCAGCACAAUCAGCAUAUGAUUGAUGUAUGGAAGCGCACCGCUACGCUCAGUGUGCAUCCCGAGCUGGUGGCCACAACGCCCACGUCAGCCAAUGGUGCCAUUGGUGGCGAUCACCUGGACGGCAUCGAGACGGCGUCGACACAGACAGCGGCAACCACAACCGAUGCAAUUGCCACACAAACACACACGCCGCAUACGCAGCAUACAGCAACCAAUACUAAGUCUUCCGUGCUUAACUCAUAUCAGCUACCGCCUGAGAAGCCACAGCACAAUGAUGUAUUUAUGACUGAUUUAGAGAAUAGAACUAAGAAACGCGUUACUUUAAGCCUGCACAGAUCCACUUCGGAGCCAUAUAGCAAGCAUGAGCAGCGCAUUAAUAUGCCGGAUGAGGGCGCACAAUCUCUGGAUACGGCUGCCAAGGCAACGCCGCCGGAUAGUUCAAUUAUACUUAUUGAUGAGUAUGAAGAUUUCGAGGAGGAGGAUCUGAACUGUGAAGGUGAAAUGGAUCAUUUUCCGUCGUGGGAAAUCGACAGCGACAUUGGCGUCGAUGUGGAUGCCGAUGCGGAUGCUGACUGUGAUGAGUCCACUGAGGACACCGCUCUGCUGCAUUGCGCCACGCGCACCGCCAUUGUUAUAACACCCAUUAGCCCAGUAAGCUCCGCACACAAUCUGCAGAGUUUAAAUGACCAAACAACAACAACAACGCUUAACAAAUCAAAUUUGCUUCCGCCAGACUCUGGCUAGUUAAAUGCAAUUGUCUUAGUCAAUAUGUUAUUUCCUAAUUAAUUAUUAACUAAGUGUAAUCCAGCAAAUGAUGCCUGCUUCGAAACAGCGCCCUGUGUACUUAACUGUUAGAGUUUCACUCUCUCAUACAUUCGUAUUAAACAUUUGUAAUUCUUAAAAAAAAAACAAAACAUAAGCAAAAUGACCAAAACACAACGCUUAAUAAAUCAAAUUUGCUGCCGCCAGUUGCUGGCUAGUAGUUACAUACUAUCUAUUCUAUAAUUGCAAUUGAAAUUGUCUUCGAUUAGAGGAACAAGCCUCCUGUACCAAUUUACAAUCAAUCAAUACACAAUACAGUUACAUCAAUUAAAUCAUAAUAAGCAUAGCAAGCACUCAGCGCAUUAGAUUCCUUUUGUCACUUAGAGUUAGUUAGAUCAAUUGCUUAACGAUUCGUUUAUCAUACUAGUUUAAUAUCAAGGCUGUAAUUCGUUUUUAACAAAUUUGCUAUAAGUAUAUGCAACAAAUCUGUUAUGUGGGCCAUACAACGCGCUCUGUUUAGUCAUUUUUAGCUUUAAUAGAUUUUCGUAUUCGAUAUGCAACUCCAAAAAUAUUACUGUGUCGUCAGUAAAUAUUUAAAGUUGCAGCUUGGCAGCGUAGUUUUCAUAAUUUUCAAUAAACAUUUCUUAAAUUUCAACACACAUUCAGUUGGAAUUACAUUUUUGACAUUAUUUGUGUUCAAUUAAUGGGUAGCAACCACUUAAUUAAUAAUGCUUAAGCAAAAAAACAUUAAUAAAAGC